CCGCGGCUUGUUUUUCGACUAACUUCAGUUUAGUGUUUAGUGUUUACAUUUCACUCUGGACAGGAUGAAAUUCCGGGAUUUUAUCCUGGAAAGAGCCAGGAAAUUGGAUGAAACACAAAACAUAACCUUAAAUGGUGACAAAAAGUCCCCGGAAAAUACUUCCUGCCAUGAGAAUGUGGAAAAAUCUACGAGGAAUUAUCGGGUGAUUCCUAAAUUUUAUCACUCAACCCCACGUCCAGUGGAGAGUUUAAUGUACAAACUGAGGGAACACGUGAGAACGGUGUUUCUGAAGAAGAGAAGCGAGGAAUUGCUCAAUAACAAUGAUCUCAAGACAUUCUGGAUGAUUCUGGAGAAUCAAUUCUCCCGGAGGAGUCACAGUGGAGAGUUGUACAUCACAUUCAAUGACUACAUCAAUCUCAGUCGCACACUGAAGCCAAUCUACAGGCGAAUGUUGACUGUUCUGGCCUUUGCCCGGCUGCAAUCCAUCUCGAGUCUGCCGGGAAAGAUCAGCGUGAUCUCCCUGUUCAAUUACGUGAUGCGGAAAGUGUGGAUUCAGCAGACGCGAAUCUCUCUGUCACUGUACGAUCAGAAUGGGUUGGGAUAUUUGAGAGAAUCCGACCUGGAGAGCUACAUUCUCGAGCUCAUCCCAACAUUGCUGCAGCUGAAGGGACUAGAGAAGACAUUCUACAGCUUCUACGUGUGCACGGCGGUGAGGAAGUUUUUCUUCUUCCUCGAUCCAGCGCGAACGGGGAAGAUUCGGGUGCGUGACAUACUUUCGCACACAUUCCUGGACGAACUGAUGGAGUUGCGCGAUGACGAGAGUCCCAAGGAUUCGCAAGAGCUCAACUGGUUCUCGGCGCCGUCGGCAUUGAGUGUUUAUGGACACUACUUGAAUCUCGACAAGGAUCACAAUGGCAUGUUGAGCAAGUCAGAGCUGAUGGGCUACGGCUCGGGCACGCUGACGUCUGUGUUCCUGGACAGACUGUUCAGCGAGUGUCUGACGUACGAGGGUGAGAUGGAUUACAAGACUUACCUGGACUUUGUCCUCGCCAUGGAGAAUCGCACGGAGAUUCAGAGUCAGCAGUACAUUUUCCGCCUCCUGGAUCUCCAUCAGCGCGGCUAUCUCACGCCGGCGGAUCUCAAGUACUUCUUCAAGGGCAUUGAGGAGCAGAUGGCGGCGCAUUGCGUGCAGACAGUUCACUUUGAUGACCUCAAGGAUGAGAUCUUCGACAUGGUGAAGCCCGAAGAUCCUUGCAAGAUCACCUUUGCAGACAUUGCAAGAUGCGGUCAAGGACCCACAAUGAUGUCCAUCUUGAUAGAAUUCCACAAGUUCUGGAACUACGAGAAUCGCGAAGGCGUUGGAAUUGAGAUUGCCGGCGAUGAUAAGUAUUUGCAGUGAUGCCGAGAGGUGCAAAAAAAGAGAUUGUCAGAAGUGGGAUUCGAACCCACGCCCACAGAAGUGGACUGCGACCUGAACGCAGCGCCUUAGACCACUCGGCCAUCCUGACUUGAAGCCCGGCUGCGCAUAUGCCGUCCUGGCAAUUGAUGCAUUUGCGAGUUGGGAGAAAACAUACGCGCGGUUUCAGGGUUGUGCGUGAUUGUGAGCCUAUUUGUGCCUAUAAUUUUAACAAUAAAAACAGCGUCCAAUUCAUGACGU